AUGGCAUUCAUACGAGCACCUCUUCUACGCUGUCUGCCAUUGGCUGUGUUAUUUAUUCUCACACCGACGCUGAUCCAAACCAUACCCCAAGAUGCCAUGUUUACUCCUUCUAUGACAUGUGAUUAUGAUGCCGAGCAGAAGAAAGCUGAUUGUUAUUAUCGUGAGUUGGACUCCAUCCCUCAGAAUCUUCCAGACGAUAUUAAAGAACUGGGCGUCGGGUCCAACAAUAUCACGUUCAUCUUGAGUUCUUCUUUCAAGAAAUACCCUUUGAUCCAGGUCUUGGAUCUUUCCGACAACGACAUCAGAAUUAUAGAAUCUGCAUCUUUUUACCCUCUAAAGGAAUUGAAUAAAUUAUACCUAUCAUUAAACCCUAAUCUUGUUCUCCCAGCUACAGACCUGUUCAGGUGGUCUAAGAACCUGUCCACCCUGGGACUGUCUGAUUCGAAUCUGAAACUGCUUCCAAAUGACACUCUGAAAUGGAGCCCGUCUGUAGAGUAUUUAGACCUUAGCGACAACAAACUCACUUUCGUUAACAUGAGCCUUUGUGGCAGAGCAAAGAAAAUUGACUUGGCUAAUAAUAAAAUCGAGCAUCUCACCGCAGAAUUUGUCAUCUUCGGAUGUCAAAGUGAUUAUGUGGAUCUGACCGGGAAUCCUAUUAAAUCAGUAGACCCAAACGUUAUUGCAUCGUUGCGUGCCCGAUCACUGGUCCUUGGAGAGUACCCGUUGACACUUGAGAUACUAAAGGAUAUAUUUAGCGGGAUCUGUCGCUCUGAAAUAGUAGAGCUCAAUAUAAGUUGGACCGAUAUCACAGUCUUGCCACGAGAUUUCUUUGGUCACUUGCGUAAUUGCUCUCUUACCGUGCUUAGAUUAACAUGGACCAAGAUACAAUCCCUCUAUCCGUACGUGUUCUCAAACUUGGCAAGACUUGUGGAACUUGAUCUAUCAAACAACGAAAUACAAUCCCUCUCUCCAUACGUGUUCUCAAACUUGACAAGACUCGUGGAGCUUGAUCUAUCGUCAAACAAAAUCGUCACUGUUGAACCGGUAUUCUUUCAAGGCAUGCGGGAGCUAAAAGUUUUGAACUUGAACUUCAAUGAAAUAAAAUAUAUAAACCCAAAUACUGACGUAUGGGCACUGGACUUGAAUGAGUUGCACUUACGCGGCAAUUCUUUGACAAAAAUAUUAGAAUUCGCAUUUUUCGGUUUGCGAAAACUAAUGCUGUUAAAUCUGAGCUUCAACGAAGACCUUAUUGUCCUGAAAAUAACGUCGUUUUCGAAACUGACGGGAAUUGAAACCAUCGACUUGAGCAAUUGCAGGCUUUCCGAAUUUCAACCGGUAGCCCCGAACUUAACAACCCUUUCCAUGAAUAACAUGAACAGCCUAAUGCUCUUAAUGCAACCUGGAAUACCCUUCAAAGAUUCACAAGGCCUUGUAGAUUUGGAAAUCCGUAAAGCGGGGCUGAUGAUAAUUCAUCUCUGGGAUAAGAGCCUGAAUGUCUCUCUAUUUGACGGAUUGUCAAAUCUUAUUACUUUGGAUCUGAGCUUUAAUAAUUUACACUUUUUCUUUGCAGCUAGGAUCUUCGAGCAACUCUCUGCUCUUCAGAACCUUAAGUUAGAAGCCUGUCAAAUUGAAUGCCUUCAUCCAUUAGCUUUUACGGGAUUGGAAUCGCUUCGGGUGCUAAAUUUACGUGGAAACGUAAUUCAACAACUUAAUUUUGAUAUAUUCAAAAUGUUAGAUCAAGUGACUAUUAUCGAUCUUGAUAACAACCUUUUGGCAUACCUCGAUGAACAACUAUUCUCGAACAAUCCCAGACUGACUUCUCUUUUGCUAUCAAACAAUAGAUUAACCCGUCUCAACCAAACGACAUUUGAACCGAUAGAAUCUUCGCUUCUAUCUUUCGAUUUGUCAUUGAACCCUAUCGACUGUAACUGCGAUCUACGAUGGUUACGCGAUUGGAUGAGUGGACAUAUUGACGUCAUUGACGAGAACAGAAUCGUCUGUUCAUCGGCCUCUUUAGAGCCUCUCCGCGGAAAACCUUUGCUUGAAUUUGAUCCCAGUAAACUUUGUGGACUCAACAUUGCUCUUGUAUGCUUGACUCCUCUCGCCGGUAUUUUCUUGGUUGUCAUCGUCAUAGUCCUUUAUCACUACCGAUGGCCGUUGAAGUACAAAAUCUUUCUCUUGAAACUAAUGGUAGUUGGAUAUAAAGAGAUGCGAGACGCCCGGGACCACAACGACUACGAGUUUGACUUGAAUAUCAUCUUCUACGAUGACGACGAAGAAUGGGUUCGUGAACAACUCCAACCAGCUCUUGAAGAAUGGCUUCCGCAGUUCCAGAGGAAUGUCGUUGGUGAUCAAGAUCUCGUCAUUGGUAUGCACUACCUGGACGCCGUCGACUACGUGGUGAGUCAUAGUUACAAAACACUCAUUCUACUCAGCAGAGCCGCCGUACACGAUCGCUGGUUCAUGCUCAAACUCCGCACCGCAAUGGACCAUGUGAGCGACACCGAGACCGAAUUCGUAGUCGUGGUCUUUCUCGAAGACAUCCCUGACGAGGAGAUACCAUUCUUGGCAAGGCUAUAUUUAAGUGAUGGCAGACCCUACCUACAUUGGACCGAGGACGUCAGAGGACUCGCUUUUUUCUGGAAUAAACUGGUGAAAAAUCUCACCAUUAAUCUCAGGACUAAUGACUUGAUCCCCAACGAGUAGUAAAGGUCUGACUUAUUUACGGGCUAGUUUGUUCCAUACAUUACUGUCCGCAUCUUACAUUUUCGUAUAUCUGAUUCAUGCAUUAAGCUAAGAGCCCUACUGGUGCUAGGGUCAGACUAAAUAUGAAAAGGCAAACACAUGUG